AUGGACACUGCUGACGGCGGCAGCUCCCUCGGGAGCUACACCUGCCUGUUGCUCAAGGAUGGCACCUGCCAGGGGACCCCCUACCAGAGCCUCCUGCUCUCGCCUGUGAAGUGGGGCCAGAGCAGCCCUGCCUCCUGGGUCACCUGCCUGGAGCACCAAGAAGAGGCCCGGGAAGGAAAGACACCCAGGUCCUGGGCUCCAGACGCAGUUCUGAGGACACAGCGGCCACACUCCGGGCCUCAGUCCAGCAAGGACAUAGAGAAGAAGCCCCUGAAGUACCUGCAGGGCCUCUGGGCACAAGAAGGUACUCGCUUGUGCAGCCAACGCCCAGCCCUGCUCAGAGCCCAGGAUGCCGCCUCCCUGGGCCCCCUGCCCGGCCGAGCCCUGCCCCCUCCCCGGCACUGCCCCCCUCUUCCGCCCCCAGCCCCCUCAGACGUGACGGGCCGGGUGGGGAGCCAGCAGCCCCCAGGACAGACUCAGGAGAGCAGAGAGCAGGCUGAGAGGGGCUCGGAGCCCCAGACCCUGGCAGACACUGAAUCCAGCCCAAGGAGGCCCCUGCCCAGAUUCCCAGCUCAGAAGCACCUCCCACCUGCCCAGGGCACAAACCAUUAUCGGUCCUGCCUCACGGUGGAGGCCACGGGGCCGGAGGGCCUGGACAGCCGAGGCUCCCCCUUGCCAGGCACAACGGGCGCCGGCCUCUCUUGGGACAACGGCACCAGACACAGCGUCGCGUUCCCUGAGCCGCUGCCGGCUCUCCACGAGCUCCUGUCAGUGGUGUACUCUGUCAUCUGCGCCGUGGGGCUAACGGGCAACGCGGCCGUCAUCUGUGUGACCCGAGCGCCCAAGGUGAAGACGGUGACCCACGCGGUCAUCCUGAACCUGGCCACCGCCGACGGACUCUUCACACUGGUGCGGCCCACCAACAUCGCCGAGCACGUGCUGCAGCGCUGGCCCUUUGGGGAGCUGCUCUGCAAGCUGGUGCUGGCCAUCGACCACUGCAACGUCUUCUCCAGCGUCUGCUUCCUGGCCGCCGCGAGCAUGGACCGCUACCUGGUGGUGCUGGCCACGGCGCAGUCCCGCCGCAUGCCCCGGCACACUGUCCGCGGGGCUAAGAUCGCCAGCCUGUGCAUCUGGCUGGCUGUCACUGUCACAGUGCUGCCCUUCUUCACCUUCGCCGGAGUCUACAGCCAUGAGCUGCAGGUCACAAGCUGCGGGCUGAGCUUCCCACGGCCUGAGUGGGCCUGGUUCCAGGCGAGCCGCAUCUACACGCUGGUGCUGGGCUUCGCGGUGCCCAUGUGCACCCUCCGUGUUCUCUACGCGGACCUGCCGCGGAGGCCGCAGGCCCUGCGGCUCCACUCCGGAGCCAAGGCUCUGGGCAAGGCCAAGCGGAAGGUGAGUCUCCAGGUCCUGGCUGUGCUGGCCGUGGGCCUGCUCUGCUGGACGCCCUUCCACCUGGCUGUCGUGGCCCUGACCACAGACCUGCCCCAGACGCCACUGGUCACCAUCAUCUCCUAUGUCGUCACCAGCCUCAGCUACACCAGCUCCUGCCUCAACCCCUUCCUCUAGGCCUUCCUGGACCAGAGCUUGUGGAAGAGCCUCCGCCCCACGUUCCGGUGCCCGGGGGCAUGA